AUGGUGGCGGCCAGGGACGAGGUGAACGUGCCGAGUUUCGCAGUCUCAAUACCGAGGCGCCUUGAUGUGUCGCCGGAGCGAGUGCAUUUCUGCGGGGCAGAUCAUUUCGAAGGGUCCAAACGGGUCCAAGCGGCGAAGGCACGCUUUGCACGCUCACCUCGAAAAAGUGGGCUGAGACGCGACAAGGCCAGAUUCAAAGACCGGCAGCACGCCAACUGGAUCCUAGCCGAGCCAGCCGACUCAUCCGACGGCAAUGUGCUACCUGAUCAAAAAUCAGCAAUUCCGUGCAGAGCUAGUGGAAGACUGAAGCCGCUGUCACAGCAAGUUUCACCCUGGAUUCUGGAUGAGUGUGGUGUUUGA